AUGGAACAAGCCAGCCAGCCGCCGGGGGCACAGAAAAAAAAACUUUCCAGAGACACAACCACCAAAGGCAAAUACUCGUUAAAUGACUUUCAGAUUCUCAGAACGUUGGGCACAGGGUCGUUUGGGCGGGUGCACUUGGCCCGUUCGGUCCACAACGGGCGGUUCUACGCCAUGAAGACGUUGAAGAAGGAGCGGGUUGUCCAGAUGAAACAGGUGGAACACACAAACGACGAACGGCGAAUGUUGAAGUUGGCGCAGCAUCCGUUCAUCAUCCGCAUGUGGGGCACGUUCCAGGACUGCAACAACUUGUUCAUGAUCAUGGACUACAUCGAGGGAGGCGAGUUGUUCCUGUUGUUGAGAAAGUCCCAGCGGUUCCCAACGCCCGUGGCCAAGUUCUACGCGGCCGAGGUGUUUUUGGCCAUCGAGUACUUGCAUAGCUUCGACAUCAUCUACCGGGAUUUGAAGCCCGAAAACAUUUUGUUGGACAAGAACGGCCACAUCAAGUUGACGGACUUUGGUUUUGCCAAAGAGGUGGAGGACGUGACAUACACCCUUUGCGGCACGCCCGAUUACAUUGCGCCCGAGGUUGUAGCCACGAAACCAUACAACAAGUCCGUGGACUGGUGGUCGUUUGGGAUUUUGAUCUUUGAGAUGCUCACAGGUUACACGCCGUUUUACGACCCGACGCCGAUGAAAACGUAUGAAAACAUCUUGAACGGCACCAUCACGUACCCCGACUACUUGCAGCCGGACAUUUUGGACUUGCUCCAGAAGCUCAUUGUCAAGGAUUUGACGCAACGACUUGGCAAUUUGCAAAACGGCUCUGACGACGUGAAAAACCAUCCGUGGUUCAAGGAAGUGGUGUGGGAAAGGCUCCUUUCGCGCGACAUUGAAACGCCGUACGAGCCUCCCAUCACCUCCGGAGUCGGUGACACUUCUCAGUUUGACCGCUAUCCGGAAGAUAAAGACUUGGACUAUGGAAUCACCGGAGUGCCAGAUCCAUACGCAGACAAAUUUGUGGAUUUCUAG